ACUGAACGCUGCGUUUAGAGGAUAAAAUCGAGAGAAGAAUCAAGACGUGAGAAGCGGCUGAUAUUUGGUGCUGUUAUACUACUACUUGUUUGUUAUUUUCUCUCCUCAUUCAUUCCAUAUCGUUAUCGUCUCCUUCUUCUUCUUCGUCUUCCUCUCUAGGGUUUUCACUUCCCCACUCUAUUUUCACUUUUCACCUUUCGCUAGAUCACAAUUUUCCUCUCCCAAGGUGCGUUUUGUUUGUAAAUUGUAAUUGUGUACUCUAUGGUUGAUGAUUAAUGCUAAUGGUUGGAAUGUCGAAUAAUUUGGUUUCGGAGCCUGUUACGAGCCGGCAGAUGGCUCAAUUGGAGCCUAUUUUGAACAAGGUUGAUUCGUCGGGACUCUUGCAUCCUGUAGCCAGUGAUUCCAUGUCGCAGAAUCAGGGAACUUCGAAUGGUGAACCUAAGUCUCAAGGCUUACCGCUUUCUAACCAGCAGGGUGGCCGUGUAGAAAUGCAGGCUGGAAAUACGGGAGUGCAUCGGAUUCUUCCCCAGAAACAACCCGUGCAAAUGGGGCCACGUCAACUGUCAGCUGCUCCUAAGCGGAAGGCAACAAUUGAGCUGCCUUCUGGUAGCUUCAUAACACCUAGUAAGCGGGAAAAACCAGCAGCUCACAGAACUUGGACACAGCAAUCAUCAAGCAGAGGCUCUCAACAGAUGCAAUCACCGACAAAUGCUUCUAGAGCACAGCAUUCGGCAGCAUUUAGUAAGAGAAAAACACAAAUGGAGUCUACCUCCAGCAAACCUGUGACGCCCCGGUCCUCAAAUUCUAAGAGUCAGAGUGCACAGAUGAAAGAAUCCUCCAAGGUUCAAACUGAAUCAUCUGAGAGUGUUAGGUCCAAAAUGAGAGAGUCAUUAGCUGCUGCUUUGGCGUUGGUAUCCCCGCAAGAUAAAUCUCUGGUCUCAAAUGAUGACAAACCAAAUGAUGCGGCCAAUAGCUCUCACUGUGCUGAAUCCGCAUCUGCAUCUGCCGACUCUGCUCCAGAACAAAAGCAGGAAAUUUGUCAAUCUGUUAAUUCCUCUUUAGCUGUGGCUGAUUCUGCUGGCCCUGUGAUGGGUGAGCACAUGAGUAAUACAUCUAUUGGAGAUUUUUCUGAAAAACCUAAGGACUAUGAAGCGGGAUUCACAAAUGUGUUAAACAAUGAAGAUAUGUUGAGUUCUGACAAGCAAGAUUUCCAGUCUAACUACACUUUGACUACUGAUGAUCUUCCUUUCAGUGACAGUUUCUUUGUGAAAGACGACCUUUUGCAGGGAAAUGGUCUUUCCUGGGUAUUACCUGAUAUGGACCAUAUGAUGGACAUGGAUGACCAAAGGGAAACUCAAACUAUGAUGGAGAAGAAAUUGGAACCUGAGGUACCAGGUGGAGUUUGUAAGGCAGUGGUCCCUUUACCUGAACUUUUAGCAUCAAGGAUAGAAGCAGAGCUCUUCAAACUGUUUGGAGGUGUGAAUAAGAAAUACAAAGAGAAGGGAAGGUCUCUUUUGUUCAACUUGAAAGAUCGCAAUAAUCCUGAACUCAGAGAAAGGGUUAUGUUUGGUAAAAUUCCUCCCGAACAGUUAUGUUCCAUGACUGCAGAGGAACUUGCUUCAAAGGAGCUUUCUGAGUGGCGGAUAGCCAAGGCUGAGGAGUUUGCUCAAAUGGUGGUUUUACCUGAUUCAGAUGUUGAUAUUAGACGCUUAGUCAGGAAGACGCAUAAAGGUGAAUUUCAAGUGGAAGUUGAACACGAAGACAAUGUUCCAGUGGAAGAGGUGUCUGGUGGCAAAACUUCUGUUGUUCGAAGGCAACCAGUUAAAAAGGACGUGGAAGCCUCUUCUGCUUCUAAACCUGCCGGUGUAAUCAAAAGAGAUGUAAGCACUGACAAUGAAAAGAGCAACUUACAAACGGACAAUCAAUUUUCCAUUACCAUUUCUUCCAAUGACGGGACUGAUCCAAUGCAAGGGCUUAUGACAGAUGAUGAUGCAUUGAAGGACCCCGACUUUCUUCCCCCAAUUGUAUCUCUUGAUGAAUUCAUGGAAUCCCUUGAUUCUGAGCCACCAUUUGAUAAUUUAGCCGCAGAGUCUGGAAAGGCAUCUACCUCAGACAAGGAUGUUUCUGGGGUUGGAACAAAAUCAAAAUCUUCAGAUUUAAUUCCAAGUGAGAAAGGUGAUGCCAGUGCUAAUAAGUCUGGUAAGCUUCAAAGCACAGAUGCUGAGGAAGAAAAAAAAGUUAAUGCUGAAGCUGGGUCCAUUUUGUCUGAUACAAAAUACAGUGAAAUUCGAUCUGACACCAAGCUGGCUGAUGGUCAUACCAAGGAAAUGUCAAUUGAUGGCCAAAAAUCAACAUCCAAUAAUGCUGAGUUAAGAGCUAGUCAGUUUCAAACAGAAGAGAGAGAUGGCAAGGAUAAUGUGUCGAAAACUACAGUUCCCAUUAAGGGUGAAUGCCUUUGGGAGGGAAUGCUUCAGCCAAACAUCUCAACCACUGAUUCAGUCAUUAGCAUCUUCAAAAGCGGCGAGAAAACUUCUACCAAAGACUGGCCUGGAUUUCUCGAGAUUAAGGGAAGGGUUCGGCUGGAACCGUUUGAAAAAUUUCUGCAAGAGCUUCCACAGUCAAGAAGUCGUGCCAUCAUGGUUUCACAUUUUAUUUCUAAAGGGUCAACCCCUGAGGAGCAAGCAACUCUCCGUGAGGUGGCUGAUUCUUAUAUUUUGGACGAGAGAGUGGGAUUUGCAGAACCUGUGCCCGGAGUUGAACUUUACUUUUGCCCACCUCAUAAGAAAACAGUUGAAAUGCUCAGCAAGAUACUUUCAAAGGAACAAAUUGAGGCAGUUAAUUCUAUUGAUAAUGGUCUAAUUGGUAUUAUUGUAUGGAGAAAAACUAAUAUAACUACAUCUAUAUCUCCCACUGCGCAAUCACACAACAAACAUAGCUCUAAAAGGCAUAACUUGAGUAGAAGACAGCAAGAUACUAAUGCGAAUGCCAAUUCUACCCAUAAUGCUGUACCCUCUAUGGGGUUUAAGACCACCGACAGUGGGGAUGUUGAUGGUGAUGACGAUGACGUUCCUCCUGGAUUUGGGCCACCGGCUGCCCGAGUUGAGGAUGACCUCCCGGAGUAUAAUUUUUCCAGUAGUUCAAAUCCGUCACACUUGGUUCAAAAACCUAUGGGACCAAGUACAGUCCCAUCUCACUCGGUUGGUCAAACCCCUUCCCGUCCUGCACAACAUAUGAGAGAACUUGUACACAAAUAUGGGCAAAACCAAACACCUCCCGUAUCUUCGGUAAACUGGCAGGACAAAUUUAGGGGGUCAAUUCAACCUUGGAAUGAUGAUGACGACGACGAUAUACCUGAAUGGCAACCAAAUAUGAAUCAGAAUCAGUUUACUCCCCAACAAACAGUGCAUAAUUUUAAUCUUAGACCUCCCAUUAUGAAUCAAUCAUUUGUGGGUUUACCCCAGCAACCAAUUUUGCCGACUCAGUAUCUGCAACCCCCAACGAAUGUGGCACAUGCCCAACCAAAUUUUGUCCCUCAGUGGGUUCCCUCUAUCCAUGGUAAUACCAAUAUACAUCCAAGCAAUGCACCACCACCACCCUAUGGAACACCUACACAAGGAACUCCGUGGUCUCAUCAUGUUUCUAGAAGUAGAGGACUUUAGUUUCUUUCAUUUCAGUUCAUUUUAUUUGACUUCUCUUUUAAUCUUUUAUACAUCUGUAGCCAUGUAAACUUAUGAUAGUGUCAGAUUCUUUUCAUCUUAUCUUUUUGUAACAUUAAUACUUUUUAGAGGUAAUAGACCAAGCAAAUGACUUCUUUUCA